AUGGGGUCCCUGUUUGCUACAUCUAUCUAUGCUACCCGCUACCUUGUCCCUGAUAUCUCCUUCGAUGUUGAUAAUGCCGGAAAGACCACCUUGCUGCAUAUGUUGAAGGAUGAGAGACUAGCUCAGCAUCAGCCAACACAGCAUCCAACAUCGGAAGAGCUGAGUAUCGGAAAGAUCAAGUUCAAGGCGUUUGAUCUCGGCGGUCAUCAGAUAGCCCGACGCGUUUGGAAGGACUAUUACGCGAAGGUGGAUGCCAUAGUGUACCUCGUCGACGCUGCUGAUAAGGAGAGAUUCAUCGAGUCGAAGAAGGAACUCGAUGGACUACUUUCAGACGACUCUCUGGCGCUCGUGCCGUUUCUGAUCUUGGGAAACAAAAUCGACAUUCCAACUGCCGCAUCCGAAGAUGAGCUUCGUUAUUCCCUGGGCCUGACUAACUACACGACAGGGAAGGGGAAGGUUAAUUUGGCAGAGUCCAACAUCAGACCGAUUGAAGUCUUCAUGUGCAGUGUGGUGCGUAAGAUGGGUUAUGGUGAGGGCAUUAAGUGGCUUUCGCAGUACAUCAAGUAG